AUGGGUAAAAAUUUAUCAUCCCUUGUGAAAUCUGACAUUGAUGACAUCGUCACGAAAGAAGAGUAUCGUUCCCUCGGGGAUUUGGCGGCAAAACUGACGAAUGCCACCCCCGAAGACAUAGCCCGAUGGAAAGCGGAGAAAGUCUACUGCAAAUACGUCUUGAGCCAUCUUGAAGACGGAAUCGACGAUUCCCGGAAAGCCAAGUUCCUAGCGUACUACAACCUGAUGUCCACUUUCAUAAACUACCCCUACACGGAGUUUCGUAAGAAGUCCGCCGCCGUAGAAAUCCCCGAACCCUUUCAAAGGAGACUGCUCGAUGAUUUCACGGUGACUUCGACGACGACAAUGGGGAGGAACCAGAGGUCGUUUCCGCCGAAGAUGAAGGACAAACUGCUGUCCCACAUGAUCGUCUUGGCGCUGUUCAUCGACGAUUUCUGUUCGGAUUCGGGCCUCAUUCAUGCCGACGUGAAAUUCGGUCUGGUCCACCUGUUGAGCGUCGCUCAACUCCUCGGAUGUUACGUCAGGAAGAAGACCACCCCCAGCGUGGUCAAGCUGAUUGAGCUGCGGGUGCCUUUGAAUGUUUUCAACCCCAAGGUUUUUAGAAAGAAGAAUUUUUAG